AGAAAAAAAAAGUGCAGGGAAAAAAGUGAUAAGCAGCAAGCAGCUUCUGGGUUUUGCUUUCAAGCGCACUCCUGCUGAAUCGCUGUGAGUGAGUGUGUAUAUGUGUGUGUGUGUGUGUGUGUGUGUAUGUGUGGGGCGUUCACUCUUUCUCCUGCCACAGUAGCAACACAUUACGCAGCAGCGUCGGCCCCGAACAAAAGGCUAAACGCAGCAGAGCAACAGGAGGGGAAACUCAGGGAUAGAAGCAGGCAGAGUGGCCCAGCGUGACUGCACUUCUCAGGGAGGAACUCAACCUGCCGUCCCUGGAGUGGAGACAGGACGGUACACUUGACCAGCCCAGGCUGACUGUCUGUCUCUGUGUCAGAGCUGAGGAGCACACCCUCUCACUUGACAGCCUUGUAUUUCACUUUGCCUUUCAUUCACACCCCCCACCUCAGUCUCUGUCAUCCUUUAACUGAGACUCCUGCACCUGCCCUCCUUCACCCCCCCGGGGUCGUCCUCACUUUUUCGUCCACCUGUCCCAUCUGAGAUGUCAGACGAUGACUGCCGCUCGCCUAUUGGCCUGGACUGUUGCAGUUGCUGCCUGGACCUGGCCAACGGCUGUGAAGACUCCAUGUCUGGCAGUCCAGCUCGGGGCCUUGGUACUGCUGGGGGCCUGCCGGGGAGCCCCACCAGCCCCAGCGUCAAUCACUUCCGCCAGCUACGCAACCAGCUGAUGUACCAGAACCUGAACACGGACAAGCUGAACAACAUCAUGAGGCAGGACUCCCUGGAUUCAGUGGUGAGGGACCCCUGCUUCCUUCUCAAUGAGGGGAUCUGCAACAGCAACAUUGACCAGACCAUGCUGUCCAUACUGCUCUUCUUCCACAG